UCCACUAGUCUUCUGGCAUUUUAUCUAUAUAAGCAACCACCACACAUCCUUGAGGACAUCAUCCACUUCUCUCAUUGUGGGAGAACCAUAGUAGACCAUUGUGCGUUUUAGUUGAGAGAUGGUGAUGAGCUAUAUACCAUCUUUUCUUCUAGCACUGCUGCUAGCAAGUUCUGGUCAUGGCAGCUGCUUUCACUUCACCUCCCUUGCAGAAGCAUGCAGUCCUAGUGGCCAACUUGUAGGCAAGUCUGGCAACUGCAACACCGAGAACGACUCCGAGUGUUGUGAGGAUGGAAAGAUGUACGAUCAGUACCUUUGCUCGCCGCCGGUGACCGGAGCCACCAGUGCAAGGAUGACCAUCAACAGCUUCGAAGAAGGUGGGGACGGUGGUGGACCUUCGGAGUGCGACGGUCAAUCCCACAGCGACAAUGAGAGGGUUGUGGCCCUCUCAACUGGAUGGUACAAUCAGGGUAGCCGAUGCGGCAACAACAUCAGGAUCAACGCAAAUGGUAACUCUGUUCUGGCUAAAGUUGUUGAUGAGUGUGAUUCUGUACAUGGUUGCGACGACGAGCACGCUUUCCAGCCACCAUGUCAUAACAAUAUAGUGGAUGCAUCAAGGGCAGUGUGGACGGAUCUCGGGAUCCCUGAUUCGCAGAUUGGGGACUAUCAGAUUACUUGGUCCGAUGCAUGAUGAGAGAUGAUCUCGUAUUAGAAGCCCAUGUUAUGCAACUAUAAUAAAUUCCAAAGUCGCUGUCUAGCUUUGUUUGCCCUAUGUUAAAUAAAUCAAUAUCAAUAUGAA